AGUUUUCUACUAUAAACGAUAUUGGUUAGACAAAAUAUUAACCAAAUUGAUGUAGUUUUAUAUUUAUCUAUCGGAAUAUAGUAGUUGACAAAGCUAGCUUCACCAUCAUAUAUGAAACUACUGCUUCGGCUUCUACAUCAUCAAUAAUCAUGGCCGAAGGCAAUGAAUCUCAGCCCUCUACCUCCUCCUCCUCCUCCUCCUCCUCCAUAGAAUGGUCACAACCAUGUCGUCCCUUCGAAUUUUCUGAGAUUCUCUUAGCAACCGGUAACUUCAGUGAAUCAUUAGUAAUCGGACAUGGGGGAUUUGGAAAAGUUUUCAAAGGCAAUGUUAUUAAUGGAUCAAGUGUUGUUGUUGCUGCAUUUAAACGACUGGAUUCCAUGUCCUCUCAAGGUGCAUCCGAGUUCUGGGCGGAAGUUAAGAUGCUUUCCAAGUUGCGUCACUGUCAUCUCGUGUCUUUGUUUGGUUACUGUAAUCACGAGAAAGAGAUGAUCAUCAUCUAUGAAUACAUGCCCAAUGGAACCCUCGAAGACCACCUCCAUAAACUUGGAACCCCUCUUUCUUGGCUUCAACGACUCAAAAUCUGUAUAGGUACUGCUCGUGGGUUAGAUUACUUACACACAGGUACUGGGAUUGAGUUUGGUGUCAUACAUCGUGAUGUCAAGAGCUCUAAUAUUUUAUUACAAGACAACUGGGCAGCUAAAAUCUCAGACUUCGGGUUGUCCAAAAUAGGUGUAACCAAUAAGCCAUCUACUUAUGUCAAGACACUUGUUAAAGGCACCUUUGGGUAUCUUGAUCCAAAUUAUUUCACAACUGGAAGGCUGACUAGGAAAUCUGAUGUGUAUUCUUUUGGGGUGGUUUUGUUGGAAGUGUUGUGUCGGAAGCGUGCAGUGGAUAGAAGUCUUGAUGAGGAGCAAUGGGGUUUAGUGCCAUUUGUUCAAGAAUCAAUAAAACAAGGAAGUUUAAAGAGUAUAAUUGACUCUGGCAUAAGGGAUCAAAUAUCACAAAAAUGUUUGAAGGAGUUUCUUCGAAUUGCAGAGAGAUGUUUGCACAAUAAUCCAAAGCAGCGACCUGCAAUGGCUGAGGUUGUGGUUGCUCUUGAUUCUGUACUGACCUUACAACAGAAAACCGAUAAUUCAUCUGGGAGAACGAUAUACGGAAGAAUGCUUGAUAUAUUUCCCUUCCCGUUUCAUGGCGAGAACUCUGCCAAUAAUGAGUCGAGGCUAUCAAGUAAUAGCAAGGACAACAAAGAUUCAGUGGUUUCUGUUCCAAGUUUGAAUGUAUUUAACUUCUCUGAUUUGGAAAAGAUCACAAAAAACUUUAGUCAAGAUAUGCUCGUUGAUAGGGAUGGUUAUUCUGAGGUGUUCUUAGGUUGGGUUGACAAGAAAACAUUCGCCCCAUCAACAAAGGGUGUUGGAAUUACUGUUGCUGUUAAAAAGUACAAUGAAGGUCUUCCAGAAUGGGAGGCGGUUGUGGCUAGCUUAGGACGGUUGGCUCACCCAAAUAUUAUUAGUCUCUUGGGAUACGGCGAUGUUAACAGGCUUGAUUGCUUGCUUGUUUACAAUUACACAAACAUGCAAAACCAAAAUUUUAGUCGUUUCUUGUUCGGGGAUGUUGUCGCACCACUUUCAUGGGAAACACGCCUUAUGAUAAUGAUAGGGGUAGCCCGUGGACUUGCGUAUAUGCACUCGUCGCCAGAACAAGUCAUACACGGUGGUAUCAAAACCUUUAAUAUAUUUCUGGAUCAGAACUCUAAUGCAAAGUUGGGGUAUUUUGGUUUGGCUAAAUUUCGCCCUAAAAUCCCGGAUUUCAAUGAUGUGGAAGUUGAUACUACUAAACAUGACAUGGAUACCUUACGUUAUCUUGACCAAAGGGAUCAACGUACUGGUCAGUUGACUGUGAAGAGUGACAUCUAUAGUUUUGGAGUGGUGUUAUUUGAAACCCUAACAGGCCAACGGGCAUGGGAACCAAAGUUUGGGUUCACAUUGGUAAAAUGGGCAAGGCCAUUUCUAGCAGAUAGAGGAAAGAUAAAAGAUAUAAUAGAUCAAUGUCUUAAUCAAAAUUACCCUCUUCAAGGUGCUUUUGAAUGUGUUGCACUUGCAACAAGAUGUGUAGCUACAAAUCGUGAGGCCAGACCUUCAAGUGAAGAAGUUUUGCAGAGCUUGGAACGUAUUUUUUUAACAAGUAUUGGAUAAAAGAUAUGAUGACAUCCAUGCCUACUUAGGGUGGUUUCGUUUUUUCCCAAUUAAUUCUUGUAUGGAGAAAAUGGUUGAAUGGGUAAGGAUAUAUA